CUCAGUGAAUCAGUUUUCCCAGGGCCAUCGGCGAGUACGGUCGUGUUUUUCCGGAGUUCCUCCCGAACGAGACGACGGUUUCCGGCGACUAACUUACAGAGGUAGAAGAGCUUCCGGUUUGUGUGUGGUGUGAAUGCCAUCUGGCGCCUAGAUUGUUGCUUGUUGCAGAUUUCCUCCCACCGAAAUUGGCGCGUGGGGAAGCCUAACUUGUGGGGUUUUCUCGGUCUUUGGUGCGUGAGUGUCAGUGUGUGUGGGUCUGGGAGGACCCGCUUAUCAUCUAUCCGUCUAUUUAUUGGGGUGGAGAUUUGCGAGGAGGUUGUGGCGAAUUCGAUUAGUGCAGAGAAGUAGCAAUUCAAAGCCAAAGGAUUUCGGAUUCCGGAUCCGUUUUUUUUUAUCUAGCGCGUGUUCCGGCUCUGCAGAUUAAGUGAUACUCUAUCCAGCAGCUUAGUGAAAGUUUUCACUUUUCCGGGAGUUUAUUACUGGUAGGGAUUCCUCGUAGGUGUGUGAAUUUUUCCCGUGAAAAGCUCCUAGCUCGGGUAUCAAAUGUCGGCUGUUUGUGGUGAGUGAAUUUGAUGGGACGAUAAUAGUCUCGGAUCAUCGGGCGUCGUAAAUCAUAGAGGAUAAGUUUUCUGCCCAGCCAACCAAUAUAGAGUGAGGAGGGCAUAUCAUAAAAGAUCCGAAAAAGGUGCAAAAGUGUCUACACACAAUCUCGUGAGUAAAUCAAGAAGACGUAAGGAAACGAGAAAUCUCGUUAACAGAUCCUUCCCCGCCAAGCCCGACCUGACCUGACCCUGGCAAUUUUUACUAUCAGCAGUGCGCCGCGCUAUCAAAACACACGGUUGUGGAUGAUUUUGUGGGUGUGAACAGCCUUCCAUCCAGAGGUCUUGCCCCCAGAUAUCGUAAAAAUUGUUGUGUGGAGCAGCAGCUCCAGGAAGAAGAGAGCAAACUGCUGCAGCACCCGGCAAAUAAAAUUGAAAAAGUUCAACUGCUUCUGGCCGUGUGAAGUCGAAGAGAUCAUUGGAGUGGUUUUCCAACACCCAUCAUACGGAAAUCGCCGGAAACGAACGGCACGUUGACCGGGAAAAAAUCGAUGGUCAAAAUACCGUAUGCUGCCGAACACAUUCUUUGGAACCGGGUAUUGAUGUGCUGCUGAUGGUGACCAUAAUGUACUUGAAAGUCAAAAAUAUCAAUAACCAUACCGAACAAUUCUCGACAGCACCCUGAAGAAAUAAAAACGAAUGUUUUCGACUUUCUGCCGCUGUUGAAGGCCCAAUCCACCAACUAGGCUUUUCGGAUGAAAAGUAGAACUGGAAGAACAGACGAAAAACACCACCCCCAUUAGGCCCAAUCCCAGAAGUUGUUAGGAUUCAUUGAAGAAAGCUCUGCUGCCCACCCAGUUGUUGUUCUCAAAGACAAAAUAAGAAAAUAAUUAAUAAAGCAUCACCCACCUACAACAGUUCGAAUAAAUAAGGCUCGAGCUUCGAGCAGCUUGACUUCGAAGGAUAACUGGAGAAGCCUCUGCCUGUUUGACCCGGAAUGAUGGACACUAUUCCUCAUCGGACAGAUUAAUUGCCAGACGAGAAGCAGGGAAUCUUUUGCUGCCUGUUUGCCGGAAAUUCUUCUGAUCACCCACCAGAAAAGGGCAAGCGGACACAGUCAGUGAAAGAGAAAGCGCGACAGCCAUCGGGCCAAGCCGGAAGUGACCAGAAAAGUACUACGCAAGCCAGUACCACCGAUCAGCUCAGCUCAACUCACGAGAUCCUGCCGGGCAUUUACCUCCCUCGGGCGGGUAAAUCUCGACGCUGCCAAACUGGACAAAAUGAAGGGACGACAUCUGAGGCGACGCUUUAGCCUGCAGCCUUCGUUCAUGAAGGACGACAGCCCGGAGAAUAAACCCAAACGAGACAAAGCCCCCAAGAACGACGAAAAUGCAAUAAACUCGAACGUUCGGCACAAAAUCGUAGUGAUGGGAUCAGCUAAGGUUGGGAAAAGUUCCAUCAUCACCCAGUUCCUGUACAGUACCUUUUCGCCGAAAUACAAACGAACGGUCGAGGAAAUGCACCACGGGCACUUUUCCGUGGGCGGCGUUAACCUGACCCUGGACAUCCUGGACACAUCCGGUUCGUACGAGUUCCCAGCGAUGCGGGCCCUGUCGAUUUCAUCGGCCGAUGCCUUCAUCCUGGUGUACGACGUCACCGACAGUAUCUCCUUCGAGGAGGUAAAAGCCAUUCGGGAGCAGAUCCACGAAAUCAAAGCCACAACGGCGGUACCGAUAGUGGUUGUUGGUAACAAAACGGAUCUAACGGACGACGACGACGAUGUGCGGCAGGUUCCACAGGACGCAACCGAAUCGAUGGUGACGGUGGAUUGGGAAAAUGGUUUCGUCGAAGCUUCCGCCAAGCUUAAUCGGAACGUUUCUCAGAUUUUCAAGGAACUGCUAGCCCAAGCAAAAAUCACGUACAACCUGAGUCCGGCGCUACGACGGCGGCGACGCCAAUCCUUGCCCCAGCAAUCGAGCAUCGGAAGUGCUGGCGGAGGAACUGGACCUUCGACGCCCCAAUCUUCCGUGGCUCCUUCAACGGUUCACAUGCCCUCGGCCGCUCAGUUGGCCCAUCUACAGCAGAUUCAGGACAAAACCCUGGGCGGAAAGCGAAAUUCAUGCAUCUUGUCUUAAUAGGACACGGUUAGAAACAUUAAUAUCGGAUAAAAAUACCUAGAACCUACUACUUACAAAUAUGUUUCAAUGUUAGUGGCCAAGUAAUUUGUCUCGUGUGUCCAUACGAUUGCAUAUAUAAAAUUGAUUUGUUAAUCGCCGAGCAUAAACUUAUAGGUUUUUAUCCGUAUGAUGUUUAUUAAGUAUUCAAACUAGAUUCAGAGCAUCAUGUUAUAAGCGCGAAGGUAGUUUAAAAUGAUUAUAAAAAAACAGACACAUACACAUAAACAAACCAGCUGUAAAGUAGCGAUUUGGAACAUUACGGGUAAUCCAGAACACAACCGGCAACAAAUCGGUGCCAGGUGCAUCCGAUCUGCUGAGGUCACGAAGAAGAACUUGGUUUAAAUGAAUAAGAAAUCUGAUCUACAAGCUCACUAGACGUGAACUUCUAUCCACCACGGAUUACUGGUAGUAAAUUUCAUUGCAAAUCAAAGAUUUACCUUUUAAAUCUCGUUUUCAUAUGCUGGAAUAUGAUUGUUUCGCAUCACGCGUUUGUUAAUUUCAAAAUAUUAUGCAUUCAAAUAUUAAAGUUUAUGAUUUCAGCUUGUAGAAUUUUUGUAGCAUUUUUUACCCCAAAAAGUAUGCAGCACCUUUAUGCUUUUUCUUAUAUCAAAAACUAUAAAUUGUUGCAAAUUUCCCCUUUUUCUUAGUAGGGUGAAAAUCGCAUGUUUUUGUGAAUUAAAAAAAAACUGGUGGAACCCUUAAUUUUUUUGACCACGUCAAUAUGAUGUCCUUUCAACCGUAAAACUUAUGAUAUACAAGCGAUAUGAUUAUCUGUGGACAUUAAGGUUUUAGAAGCCAUUGAAGUUGAAAAGUGUUGCAAGGUGUCCCAAUUGACAGUACGCAUAACAUGAUUCCAAGUGACUGUUGAUAAUGAAAUUUACUACCAGAUAUCGUGAAUUUCGUCUAAGAAAACAAACCAUUCUGCUGAAAGUUUCAUCGCAUUCAAUACACAAAAUAUCUACACAAAGCACAAUUUUGUAACCGGAGAGUUUCACACAAGUCUUACAAAUUUUAUCAACCAUCACAUCUUAACAAAAAUAAGUCUAUAAAAAGUCCGAAACGCCCGUUCCAAGUUUUCCUGAAUGUAAUCUUUUCAGUACCAACAUUUGAUGUUAUUUAUACAGAAAAUCCGAUAGUCGGAAUGACGUCGGAACACAAGCAACAAUUGAAACAAUUGUUCUAACUGAGACGCAAUAAAAUAAAACAUAUGUUAAAGAUUAUUAGAAAUGAAUAUCAAAGAUAGUAAAGACGCUCGAUGUAGAGAGCCAAACCUAGAACGAUCGAAAGGAAGAGCUAAUUUUAUAUGUACUUGACAUGAAUAACGAAAUGUGCUAAACCAGAAAUAAAUCAAACAAAUCAAAACACCACGCUAAGUUAAUUCUAAGAAGAGUAAAUAAAAAAUAAAUAAUUGAAUCUACAUUUCUAACCACACUAGUUGUUAUAUGCAUUCUCCAAUAUUUCCAAAAAAGAAGACAAAAAAAGUAAUCAUCCAUAACGAUAUCUAACCAAGCUGUAAAGUAGGGUAAACCAUAAAUUAUCAAAAACUAUUUCGCAAAGUUUGCUAACCAAACAAAACGAGAAAAAGGUUUAGAAGAACAAACUAAAACAACUAGCAAGAAUAUGGAAUGAAAAAAAAAACAAAUCGUAACUUGUUUCAAGUGUUAAUCCCAAUCGUCAAAUAAAAGUAACGAAUUGGGUAACUUUACCCAAUGGUGAACUCAAAAUAUGGCGGCGAAAUUGCAAUGCGAGAUGAAAUUGAAUUAUUGACAGCUGUUAGUUGGGUACGAACCUAUCACAAUAAAUCGAGAGUCCCGAAAUCGAAAACGACGCGACGACGGCUAUAAGUAAGGAGCAGCUAAACUAAAAUCAUGAAUCGAAGAAUAUUUUCGUGUGUAUGUCUGUGGGUGUACCAAAUCCAAAAAAAAUAAA